UGGACUACGCGAAAGACUCCUUUCUCCUCUUUGCAGUGCACUCGUUUUUUUAGCCCCUUUCACCGUGCUGCGCGCCUGCUCGACAUCCGUCCGUUCACUGCUGCUUUUUCCGCGAGAAAAAGUUAUUUGCCAUUUUCUCAAGACGAUAGCGUUAUAGUGAAUGUAAAUAUCGUAAUCGAGCGUGGGCUGUGGGCAUAAUAACGUCCAUGUACGUGCAUGUGUGACUGUGUGCAGCCACGCGACCACAGCACAACAGUACAACCAUAUCACCCAUAUCACCCAUAUCCCAGUAUUCCAAGUACGAGUACGACGACAUCGAGUAACGAGUUCCGAUCGUUUCAAGAUGGUGAAGAAACAACCUAGCGGCUGUUCUCGCGCAAAGUGAUUGCAAACACACACAGAGCUCGAGUUCCGCCACACGAGGACCACGAGGACCAGAGAGAACGUGCAAUGGCGAAAUCCGUGCUAAGUUCCGACACGCUGCCAAAGGCAGGUCGCGUAAACGAAGUGUGCCGCGAGUGGCUGGUACACGAGGAUGGGGCAUUGGCUUAUCGGCUUCAGGAUGAAGAAAUCAAGGAACAUUAUACUGGCAACAAAACGCGAAACGCACAGGUGAGAGAAGAUUUGCCGCGAGCCAAAGUCGAGCAGGAAUUGGAAGCACUGAGAUAUCAAAGUUACAUUCAACAACAGGAAGAGAGAGAUGCGCUUGUCGCGAGGCAGAUUGCGCUUUCUCUUGAGCGAGAGGAGAGGCAGAGGGAGCGCGAAUUGCAAGAAAUGAUGAGAUUACAACUGAGAUUGGGAGAUGAAGCUGCGCAGCGAGAGUUUGAAAGACGUAUGCAAGAAGGAAAGGACGAGGAACUGGCGAAGAAGCUGCAACAAGAAGAGAACAAUCCAGACGGUCCAGAGGACGAGCGUUUAAUGUUGGAUCAAAAAUUGGCGAUGGAGGCGCAAGAUGCUGAACUGGCGCGAAUGCUUCAGGACAAGGAGCGUGCAAAGGCUCGUAAAGCGCGAGAGAGGGCGAGGCAGAAGAAACUAGAGCGGGAGCGUCUACAGCAACAGGCGGAUCAACAGAAUCUCGCGGAACGACCUCAAAGACCAGAUAGGCUGGACUUGAAGGCUCUGUCGAUCAAGAAUCGAGGCCGUUAUUCUGCCAAUUAUUCUCAAUAUUCGGAUCCCGAGGAAAUCCAGACGCUAGACGAUCCUGUUGAUAAUAUGACCAAUGUCGCGACCAUUAUCGACCCUACUUACAAUAUGCACCGUGGUACCUCGAGUAGUUCAAGCAGCACGAUAAGCCCCACUUACGUUUUGCCGACACCACCGCAAGAACUAAUGACUGACGAUGUACCGUGUUACAUGCCGAUUCAAGGCCAGCGACGAAAUCAGACUCAAUCGCCGUCUAACGCGCACGAGGAAAAGCACAAACGGCGAGUAAAAGACGGAUGUAAGCAUCAGUAAAGGAGACAUUUCUCUUUUUCUCUUAUUACCAUCAAACGAAAUAUUUAUUUUUUAACUCUAUAAAGAGAUGCAAUUUUCUCAUGUAUCGAGCAAUAUUGACGUGUAUUUAUUUCAUAUAUUUGCAUUUACUUUCGCAAAACGAGUGUAUGACUUUCUGAAUUUCACUAUUAUUUCUCCAUAUUAAUAGGACAUAUUGCCAUAUACCUUACAUGAUGGUGUAAAUCAAUCUACUGCCAUACAUUGUGCAACGUGCCUCUUAAAGGGCAUUUGAAGGAAUUUAAGAGCCUUAACUUGAAAAAUUUACUAAUUACUCUGAAAUAUAUAUCAAAGAUUGCUAAUAUCCGAAUGGAUAGAUUGUACCGUCCUCCAUUUUCUUUUUACAUUUCUUCGCAGCCGACACUCUUGUAUAUUCUCCACAUGGAGCACAUAAGAGUGUCGGCUACCACGUGUGUGUAUGUGUAUGUAUGUAUGUAUGUAUCAAGUAUAUAAAGACAUUAGUAUAAAUAUUAAUUUUUAACAUUAACACGCUUCUCACAGUGUUGAAAUUUUUCACAUUUUUAGAAUAGAGUAAAACAAAAAUCUUAGACAAUCAAAGAACAAUUUAUAACAGAUAUAUUUUUCAACUUGAUGCAUUUAUAUGUGACGAACAGUGUACAAAUAUUGAUCCACUGCAAGAGUUUAUCAUAGAAUCUCAUAAUUCACCCAUAGAUGGGUCACAGAUGGUACAAAGUGUAAUUGGUCAACGCAUAAAAAGAUUGAGAAACUGUAGAAACCGUUUUCCAAAUCAAUUCAUUAUUUAAGUAAUUACAUUUUUUUUUAUGUAAUCUUUUGCGUUUCUAAUACGUUCAAACUUGCUCUUACAAGAUAACACAAAAACUUGUUACAUUUCGUCUAUAGCAUGCUUAAUUUGAUAAUAUAAUAAGUCGCGCCUAACAAAAUCCUUUUGUAAUUAUUAUUAAGGUAGAAAGUAAAGAAUGACAACACUGCCAAAGAUAACACUUUAAUGCUGGCCUUUAGAAAAAAGAAAAAGUAUUGUGGUAAAGAAAAUGCAAACAUACGUAAUUAUAUGUAAAGCUCUAGAGGUCGAACGGAUCUCACGUACUACAUUGUUUUUUAAACUUUGAGAAAUAUACGAUAUGAAUAAGCUUUCAAAACGUUUAGGUAUAUUGUCAGCUGUAAUAUAUCGAAGGAAAGUGUUGGAAUGCGAAAUUGUUACAUUUCCCUUUCAGAAAGGAAGAAAGAAAUAUCGUAAUUUUAUAUUCUUUAUAUUCGCGCGUUAUAUAAAAGAUGUGCAUGGCAAUCGUGUGCCCUGCUCUAGUGAGCCGAAAAUCCGAGUUCAAAAUCAAUCAAAAAAAUCAUGUUUUUCGGUCGUCACUUCUCGAAAGGCAAAAACCACCGAUAGUAUAAAAACUCUUCUGUAAAAACCGGAAUCGGCGUUAGAUUGUAAGCGCCACAGAUAUAUGCACAGAUGAUGCUAAGGAUUGAGAGAGAAAUAUAUAUAUAUAUGAACUUAUUUACUAACUUGUAUAAGGACUGUGUUCAGAAGAAUCUCUAUUGGUAGUUAAUUUUUCGAGCGUUACUCCAUUAGGAUAUAUAAACUCUUUUUAUUACGAUUAUGUCAUUUGUGGUGAAUGGAGUCUUCUCUCUAGAGUUUGAUACCAUCAUAUAUUAUCUUUUAAGUUUAUUGUAUCGAUACAGCUUUACAUGAGUAUGUUAAUAAAUUAUUUACAAAGAU